GUCGGCAACCCUCGCAAAGUUCUUCCAGCGGGUCUCAAGCGGCUUCUGACUCAGAGACAGGCGGCUCCUGCCGCACAAGGGCCUUCCUGGCCGAGCUCAAGGAGGCCGCUUUCACGUUGGGCGACGACUCUGGCUGUGUCACAAGGAAUGCAGCGCCAGGGUGCGGAGGCGUCAGUCGGGGACGUGGUGCCCACGGUCUCUGUCAGGAGCAGCCUUGGACCUCCGUCAUUGACGAGGAGGAGCCGCAGUUGGGGGAGUUCGAGAGCGGGGUUCUGCCCUUGCGGAGCGUCCAGGAGUCCCCGGGCAUGGACAGAUCAAGGACAGAGAGCCGGCAGGCCUCCAAAGGCGAGUCAGACCUCGCAGGACGCAUGGUGUCACCGUCCACACCGCAGAGGGCGCUGCGUACUGACACCCUGUCAGUGGCGGGCAGCUACUGCCCCUCCAUGGCCCCUUCCAUUGCCCCUUCGCCGCACCCGAUGGCUGCAAUGUUGCGGCAAGACUCUUUGAUGCCAGGUGGAUCGCUGAACUUCUCGACCUUUCAUAGCUACGGAGACACAGACAAAGACCGCUUGAGCGUACGCAUCCUGAAUGGCGUGUCCGGAGAAGAGGAAAUCCGAUUCAGCGCGCCGCUCCAGGCUGACUCAGAACAGCAGUUCCUGGCCGCGCUCGACCGGCUAUGCCUGCAACAUGCUGGGCAGCCUCUUGCAGGCCUAAACUGGCUGAGCCGAGAGGGUGAGGCCGACCGCUUCCAGCGACGCACCUGCGAUGUGAGGAUGAUCGAGGAGCUCUUUGAUCAAUGGACACGUGCCAAGGACACGGCUAAAGGAGCUGUGGUGCUGCUUUGCACCAUCCCUGUGCAGCCGCCUUCCGAGUUGCCAAGAGGAAAGGUCCGAUUGAAAGGCGUGGAGCCUAUGCGCGUGAGCUGCGUCCCUCAGGUUCUCCGUCUUGACACUAGCGCUCUGGAGGCUGGGCACGCUUAUAGCGUGGCCUUCACGCAUCAGUGGAGUAACAUGACCUACUCCGCAGAGGCCAAAGUGUUGCCCAGCAACAAGGGCGUCGAGACGAGUGUUCCGUGGCAGAUGCUGAGUGUUUCAAGCAAUGAGGGCCUCUAUGAUGUUCACUUGGUCAUUGACAGCACUUCGAGGUCCGAAAACCGUCGGACGCUGACAGUGGGCUCCUCUGAGAGCGAGGUGGACUCCUCUGCAAAGUCUGAAUCAACCAGCUCCUUUGUUCCGAUUGCGAGGAGCGAGACGUUCGCGCAAGACGCGCGCAACGAAUCCGAGCCUGGGCAGGCUGCUUCUGUCGCACUGAGGCCGUCUCAUGUUGAACCCCAAGGUUUAUAAAGAACCGUUCCAUCAUCUUGGGCGGAGCAGAGCUGCGUUGCGUGAACUGUGGCUGCGGUAACGCAGGAUUGUUGUUGGGGAAUUGGGGAUGGAAGUGCUGUCAAGAACACAGGUUGAGUUGCAACACAGACUUGCGCUUGCGUUUUGCGGCCGCCAUUCAGUCUUUCACACCCAUGCGAAGACACACAGCUUGUCUUUCACAUUUCUCUGCUUGCGCCACGAAAUCCAGAAAAAGCAAGAAGUAAGCCGCACGCCCUUGCAGCGUGUAGAAGAUAGGAUGAUGGCUGCCGUGUCACGGCAGAAAAGAAGGCGUGUGACAAAGACUGGGGUUAUUUGGACCACCAAAACGCAUUUCCUGACAUUCAGGCAACGUUCGAAACUCGAAACUUGCGCGGAAGGAAGGGGUUGUGUGGGAUCCUUACAGGUGGGUGAGCUUCUGCUGCUGCAACCUGCGCCCCGUUGAUCCAUCAUGCCACGGCUUCUAGAGCCUAAAUACAAGUAGGGAGUGUUUGCAGUCGCC